AUCCUCAUUUGCAACGCAAGGAAGAGCAGAGUGGGGGUCAGAUAUGUACCUACAAUUCAUCCCCCUUUAGCCCCUCGCCCCCGCCACCGCAACAAACUGCCACGAUCAAAACUCAUUUAAAUCGCCGAUAUCAUCUGUGCGAGCGCUCAGUAAUAACACAUCUACCGGGCAAUCAACAUCACGAGUCGAAAUAAAAACGCGUCGCGUCGAAAACGAUGGAUUAAUAAUUUUUUAUAUUUCACGCAUUUCGUUACCUAUUAUUAUUAAUUUUUUCUUCGUGUAGGGAUAAAAAUGUACUCCCUGUACCGAGCGUGGCUCUCGUUGGGACCAUGCGACGCCCCGUUGUCGCUGAUACCAACCCAACAACCUUUGAAUUUAACAACCCCAUCCAACAUACCGGGAGCACCUGAUGUUACUUUGCAAGUUGGCCCAUCAUUAACUCAAUUUUCCGCGCACAAAGCCGUCCUAUCCACGCACAGCGGUUUUUUCAAGGCCGCCCUCCUCAACCAAAACGGUACUUCCCCCAUCGCGGUGCCAAACGUGAACGUGGACGAAUUCUCCUCGCUGCUUACUUUUAUGUACACCGGCUACUUGGAUUUAAACCUGCAAAACAUCUACAACAUUCUUCUGGCCACGCACAUUCUACACAUGCCGAAAGCCUUGGAGAUAUGCAGGUCGUUUUUGCUGCACAGUCAGAAUGCGGAUGUUCCGCAACGAUCCAACACCUGCGGCGUGAUCAAGCCGAUAGCGAGCCGUAAGGCAGCGAUGCCAACGCAGCAGAUAUUCCCGCCAAACAACACCUACAGCAUGCUGAAGAAAUCCGAAGACACGCCGUUUAAAGUUGUGUCAUAUGAGCAAAGCAAAGCGUCCACGUCUAAAGUGGAGAGCACGGUGGAAACCAAGAAGAUUAUGGUGGAGAAAAAGUCGAAAAAGAAGGAGGUUACAAUGGGGGAGAAAUUCACGAUAGACAUAGCCUGCUGCGAUGGCCCAGUGCGCUUCCAUAGGGUGCUCAACAAGAACUACGGCUUACCAAUCAAUGAAACGCAAGCAGUCGCAGUGCAAGAGCAAAACAUCAACAGAAACGCGGUGCUGAACAAAAUAAUGAACGAGAACAUACACAACAAGAUCGAGGACGAAGAGAAUACGGAAAUCUUCACGUGCCUCUACUGCAACCACACGUUCAAGUCGCAGUACUGCUUCCAGAAGCACGCGCGGAGGCAUUUAAAUCCGGUCAGUUUGGAGGCCAAAACGGCUCCGAAAGAACAAACAACAGUCAAGCGCGAAGUAAAAUUGCUGGACAUGAACGUGCAGUACUACCCGUGCAAAUCGUGCGGAUCAAAGUUCCCCAGCUACUACUUCGUGCACAAGCACCGCAAGAUGUGCCAUCCGGAGGAGAUGGCGGAUAAUAACAACAAGAACAAUGAAAUGGUGCCUGAAAGCAGCGCCGUGGAGCAAGAAGAGAGCAGCAGCAGUCAAAUUGACGUGGAAGCCAUCAACAACGAGUCCAAUUAAGUUUCUUAUUUGUCGAUAAUUAGCAAUAAUUGUAAAGAUAUACAUAUCAUUUCGUGUAAAUAUUAUUUGUAAUUUCCUUUUGUUUCGAAAGUAAUAAUAAAGUUUCCUUGUUU